UCAGAGAGGGACGCAGAGUGUUAGAGAGUGUGAGAGGAAGAAGGGGGUGGAACAAGAGGCAGAGGCGCGAGGACCGGCAGACUAAACAGUCACGUUUGGGAGAGCAAGAGAGGGGAGAGUGCAUGAGACAUCUUUUCAAUUCAUAAAGCAAGAGAGGACAAGAGCUGAGAGGAGCAGACAGUCAAAAGGAUGGAAAAGAAAAGAGUGGCGCAGGAUUUAUGACUCAUUCAGAGACUGAAGAAAAAAGUUUGAUGGAGGAAGAAAACAGUCUGGACCGCUGUGCUCCAACACCUCUCUGCACUUUAAACAUUUAAACCUGAGGCUGUGCUGAAAGCUCUACGCAACCAUUGAUGAGGCAAAUGAUCCGACAACCCUGAAGUGAACACCGCUCAGCCACAAUGACCACAUUCUCCUCUUCCUUCCCCUUCACUCUUUCAGCCUCUGCCUCGUCUAACUCCUCUCUUCCUAUCUCGACUUCCUCCCUCCCAGUUGCCAUGUCAUCCUUCUCUGCCACCUCUCUUCGCCCCUCUUUCUCCACCUCCUCCCCAAACCAGACGACGUGUUCGUUUGAUGACGUCGCCCUCCGUCUGCCGCUGGCAGUCCUAUACUCCCUGUUCUUCUUCUUUGGCCUUGUGGGUAACCUCUUUGCCCUGUGGGUCUUCCUUUUCCUACAUUCAAGCCGCAACUCCGUGCGGGUGUUCCUCAUCAACUGUGCCGUGGCUGAUCUGGUCCUCCUGGCGUGUCUGCCCUUCAGGGUUUUCUACCAUGCGAACGGGAACAAGUGGGUUCUGGGAUCUGUGGCGUGCAAGAUGGUGGGGAACCUGUUUUAUAUGAACAUGUACAUCAGCAUCACUUUACUGGGCUUCAUCAGCUUGGACAGAUACAUAAGGUUGAAGGGGAAAGGCAGAGCACGGAGGGGCAUGAGGAUGACGCUGUGGGGGCGCAGCCGGCCGUGGAGCUGGGUGGCAUGCGGGGCUCUGUGGGGGCUGUCGCUGGCGGCGGCGGUGCCCAUGAUCGCCACAGCAGAGGACAAAGACCACAGUGACCAAUGCUUCCAAUACAAGCAGCGUAGCAGCAAAGCCAAAGGGAAAGCCUACUUCAACGCGGUGCUGGUGCUGUUAUUCUGGCUCGUCUUCAUCAUGCUGGUGGUCUCCUAUGUGAAGAUUGCGUCUCAGUUGCUGAGGGUGUCCCGGGACAAGCCGGACCUUCCCAACGCACAGAGGUACGAUCGAACCGCCAAGAAGUCCUUCUUCGUCCUCUUCCUGUUCACCGUGUGUUUCGGGCCCUACCACGCCUUCCGCCCCAUCUACAUCCUCUCCCAGCUCAGCGGGACAGACUCGUGUGACUACUUGCAACUGGUGGACCGCACCAAUGAGGUGAUGCUGUUGCUCUCCGCCUUCAAUAGCUGUUUGGAUCCCGUCAUGUACUUUCUGUUAUCCGGCUCAGUGCGCAAAGCUGCCCUCCGAGCACUCGGACACCGACUUGGCAACCGGCUUCCUUUCCUAAACGACGCGACAUCCAACAGCUCGACUACGGAGUUCAGACGACCGUCUGUGCCGAUGGCUUUCACUAACCCCAACACCCCCUCAGCCACCCCCAGAACAAGUAUCUGCGCCAUGAACUCCACCCUCCGCUGCACAGGACUGACCACGCUUCCACUUGCUGGCCAACAGUGAUCACAAGUUAAUGUCUGAUCACUGGAGAGAUAAAUGUGUGACAAACGCCGGACGCGUCGGCUAAUUCUCUUGUAAAACUUACCUCCUUUUGUUAAAAAAAAUAAACGUUUUUCUUACUACUGAGCUAUUCUUACUGUGUUGGCUCAUGAAAA